ACCUCGAGGCGUGGGAUGGGCUGCACGUUGGGCUUGGGGGGGGAGAACCCAUUUCUCAUCGGUUUGCGCCCUAAUGAUGAGAAUGGAAGAGAGGCUGAUGGUCGAACUGGGGGGCAGGUGGCUUUGGGAGGGAGUCAGGGCGGUCCGGGGCCGGCCGCGUCUGAUGGGCGCAGAACCUGAAGUUGGCACGGCAGCGCUGGCGUGAGCCUGCAGAUUUUGGGCCUGGCGGUGCCGUGGGGUCGGUGCCAAGGAGGGAUGCGGGGAGAGGGGUUCGGUCCAAGGAGCUCUGCUUGUUCUUCGCCGAAGGACCAUUGGGAAACCUUGGUUUCGGGGGAGCAAAGUGGGAAAUUGAGACUGGGGGAGGAUGUGCCGAGUGAGGACUGUGCGCUGGGGUUUGGGCUCUCUCCGUGCCGUGGUAUAAACGAUGUCCAGAGACAUGGGGAUGUGGCUGCGUGUCCUGGUUCCAAGUCCUGUAGGGAAGGGGUGACAUUGUCUCCAGGGAGACAAAGAGGGGUGGGUGGAGGCUGUCUGUGCAGGAGAACCCAAAGGGUGUCCAAGACCCUGUGCCCUGCUGCGGAGGAUGCUGCCUGCCUUGCGUCAGCCACCACAAGAUGCUCGGAAAGGUUAAUUACUCAUUAAACAGAGCAGCACCGAGCUGAUGUGUCUUCAGCCUCCAGAAAGCACUGGGUGUGAGUUCCGGGCAGGAAGUGAGGUGGGGGGGCCAAGCCAAAAAGAUGCGUCUUGGCGGUGUCCGGGACGCUUUAGGGUAUACGUGUCCCUGUGGUGUCCCCGUGGCCUGGAUGCUGCUCACAUGGGGAGCGUGGUCAGGGACUUGGCUGGGAAGCACGCUGGCAUUCUGUCCCUGAUAAAAUGCUCCCCCUUCCCUUAUCUUCUACAAGUAGAUAAUUACCUUUCUCUGCCUAAUUUAACACACAGGUUCCUCAUCUGAAAUAAUGAGGCCAUUACGGUGUUCUCCCAGCUGGAAACCGUGCUGAGUCAAUGGGGUGGAAAUGCUCUCAUGCCAGAUGGGGAGCGGCUGGGGGAGGUGACGGACGCCGGCAGGCGGCCAGCAGUGGCCCAGGCAGCGGCACGGCAGAGGAAGGCCGAGGACUCCAGUGAGAGCCGCGAGGAGGAGCAGAAUGAUGGACAGGAUUUGGAUGCAUGGUUUUCCAGAGGCUCACGAGCCACCAGGCGCCCCAAACUCAACCUGACCAAGCAGGCUCUGCCCUGGGAUGAGAAGUACAAGGGGAAAGCAAACCUACAUGUUUUUGAAGACUGGUGUGGAGGAGCCGUGAGGCACCUAAGGAAGAACCUCCAUUUCCCACUCUUUCCACACACCCGCACCACGGUGAAGAAGCUGGCGGUGUCACCCAAGUGGAAGAACUACGGACUGAGGAUUUUUGGCUACAUCCACCCCUUCAAAGAUGGAGAUUUCCAGUUUUCUGUGGCAUCUGAUGACAACUCCGAGUUCUGGCUCAGUUCUGACGAGAGCCCAUCCAACUCGCGGCUGGCUGCCUUCGUGGGCAAGCUGGGUACCGAGUGGACGGCUCCAGGGGAGUUCACCAAAUUCAGCUCGCAGGUCUCCAAGCCUCUACGCCUGAUGUCGUCCAGGCGCUACUACUUCGAGCUGCUCCACAAGCAAGAUGACCGAGGCUCGGACCACGUGGAAGUUGGCUGGCGAGUUUUCCUCCCUAGCUUGAAGUUCGAGGUGAUUGACUCCUCCUACAUCUCUCUGUACACAGACGAAUCGUCCCUGAAGAUGAACCACGUGGAGCACAUCCCGCAGUCCCUGGCCAGCCACAGUGGGAGCUACCUCUGGGAGGCGCAGCGGGACGAGCAUGGGGCUGACAUGCUCAAGUCUGACCCCAGGGAUACCUUCUUCCUCACCCCUGCGAUAGAGCCGUCCCGCGUGGAGAACGUGCUGGUGCCCUGUGCCUACAGCCCCACCUACGUGGUGAAGGAUUUCCCCAUCGCCCGCUACCAGGGCCUGCAAUUUGUCUACCUCUCGUUUGUGUACCCCAACGACUUCACGCGCCUCACUCACAUGGAGACGGAGAACAAGUGCUUCUACAGGGAGUCCCCUCUCUACCUGGAGAAGUUUGGUUUUUAUAAGUACAUGAAGAUGGAUGAGGAGGAGGAGGACCCACGUCAGCGAGCGUUUCUCUUCCUCAACCCAGACAAUUUCCUUGAGGAUGAUGAGGAGGAUGAGGAUACAGCAGACAGCCCUGAGGCUACAGACCCACCUCCCAAAGCCAGGAAGAACCUCGAGCCAGUACCUGGAGCCCAAAGGAAGGAGAUUCUGUCAGUCACCAGAGAUUAUGGGGAUUACCUGGACUACUACAGCUUCCGCCACAAGCAGGGUCGGACACGGGAUGAGGUGGGCGUGGGAAGGUGGAGCAUGCCCCCCGCCACUCCCAGCCCUACGGCCACUCCCGAGGGUCCCCAUGGCAAUGGGGACACAGGACACGUGCAGGAGAGAGUCCAUGGGAGGAUGCUCCGAUGGUUACCCCAGGAGCCCAGCGAGGAGGAUGAGCUGGGGCUGCUGGUGUCUUCUAAGCGUGCUGGGGCCCUGAGCCUCCAGCCUCACCUCUCUGUUCCCAUCUUUGGUGGCAGAGCCAAAACACCAGGUCCCAGCAAGUCCAUAGUAUCCAAGGAGGACAAAAAGCCUCAGAAGGCCCAGGAGAAGGUGUAUGUGACCAGGCUGCAGCCGGGAAAACGCAAAGCCCCAGCCCAGGAGCCCGCCUUCCCCAGCAUCUUCCUUUACCCAAAGCCUCUGAAGAAAGUGCACCUUCACUCCAGGACCCCUCAGAAGCAUCCCAUCGCCUCCAGCAAGCUCCGAACUGCCCCUGGCCACCGGACACCUUGGCUCUUGAGUAACAUCUCCAAAGAGAGAGAUGCGGCCAGGAGGAAGAGCAGCCGGGUGGGUGACAGGAGGUGGCAGCUGGUGAGCAAGCGGGAAGAACUAGGGGCCGAAGGGAUCUUCAGCAAGGAGACCCACGAGGAUGUGACUGCAGCCCCGGGCAGGAUGGCGGUCACCACCGAUUACAACUCCUCAGAGGUGACUCGCUCGCAGGGGACACGGGUGACAUCCUUUCUGAAGAUGUCGGAGACAACAGCGUCCCAGCAGGAGGGAAAGGGCCGGGAGGAAGAGGAGGAAGAGGAGGUGUCGGACUAUAGCUAUGAGACGGGGGAGCUGCCGCAGAGCUGGCUGGAGGACUCCAUCAACUGGCAGAGGACGUUCAGCGUCAGCUCGGUGGACUUCGAGCUCCUGCGCUCUGACUGGAACGACCUGCGCUGCAAUGUCUCGGGCAACCUGCAGCUGAGCGAGAGCGAGGUGGUCGAUGUGGUGGCCCAGUACAUGGAGAAGCUCAACGAGAAGAACGGGGGCAUCUACACCCUCCUGCGGAUUGUCAAUGUGGAGAAGCGCCGGGACACGGCCCGGGGCAACCGCUAUCUGCUGGAGCUGGAGCUAGCAGAACGGGGCCAGCGGACGGUGCGGCUCUCUGAGUAUGUCUAUGUGCUCUUGCACCAAGGCAAGCAGGAUGAUAGUGCUGAAGCCAACCCUGAGGGGCCCGGCCUGGGGGCUACCGAGGCCCAGUCAAGCACCUGGAGCAUCCUCUAUGGGAAGCCCAUUCUUUGCCGGCCUCUGCAGCUGAGCUGGAAGCAGGACAUCAUGGUGCACUUCGUGGUACCUGUGAAGAACCAAGCACGCUGGGUCCAGCAGUUCAUCACAGACAUGGUCGACCUGUACGACUUUACGAAGGAUGCCAACUUCAACGUCAUCCUGGUAGACUUCGACAGUGAUGACAUGGACGUCGAGAAAGCCCUGCGGGAUGCCCGGCUGCCUCGCUACCAGUACCUGCGACGCACAGGGAACUUUGAGCGCUCAGCAGGGCUGCAGGCUGGUGUGGACAUGGUUGAGGAUGGGCACAGCAUCGUGUUCCUAUGUGACCUGCACAUCCACUUCCCCCCCAACAUCCUGGACAGCAUCCGGAAGCACUGCGUGGAGGGGAAGUUGGCCUACGCGCCCAUCGUCAUGAGGCUGAGCUGUGGCAGCUCCCCACGGGAGCCCAAUGGUUACUGGGAGGUGAAUGGCUUUGGCCUCUUUGGCAUCUACAAGUCGGACUUUGACCGUGUCGGAGGAAUGAACACGGAGGAGUUCAGGGACCGCUGGGGCGGGGAGGACUGGGAGCUCCUGGACAGGGUCCUUCAGAGCGGGCUGGAGGUGGAGCGCUUGCGUCUCAGGAACUUUUACCACUAUUACCACUCCAAGCGCGGCAUGUGGAACACCCACAGCAAGAAGUCACCCAAGGACUAACACCCUGAGCCUGGCCCACAGCCAACAGACCACAGCCAGAGGUCGGCCACUGCUGGUGCCCACCUGUCCCCAACCCUCACCCGUGGCCACUGGUGCCAGCACGGAGGGCGCCAUUGCCACUGGGGUCUCCAAACGAACCAUGGUUACUUUGGGGUGGAUGUGGGGAGGGAGGGUGGGCGGAAGCGGGAUGGUGGAUUUUUUCUUAAGGGUCUAAUUUCUUAGUCAGAAAUGAAUUUAUUAACUCAUUAGCGCCGGGGCGGUGGGCGUCCUGCUGUUGGGAGGGCAAAGCCUCCAGGCUGGGGGCCGUGCCGUGCUGAUGAUGCUGGAGGGGGAAAAGUGGUACCCGAGCUCGCAGCCAGCACUAGCUCUGCAUCUCCUGCACAGUGUCCAGUGCCAGGCUGGAGGGCAGAGCCUUCUUGGGGGGCUGCUGGAGCAGAUACCCUGGCGGUGGGGGUACAAGCCCCUCAGGGCUGCCUAUACACUCUGUGGCACCCCUAGAGCCAGCAGUCACCUUGGAGGGGAGGAAGCUUUGCCCUGGCUGCUGUGGCUGUACUGGGCAAGGGGCAGAGCCCCUUUCUGGCCCCCAUCAGCAGGGUGGGCUAGGGGGGAGGGGGGGGAAAGGGCAGAGCCCAAAGCAGGUACAGGAGUGGGGAGAGCAAACGAUGUUUCCAAGCUAAUUUCUGUGAAAUUAUGAGGUAGGAAGCUGUUUUCAGGAAGUUCUGUUUUCUUUUUGUUGUUGUUGUUGUUCUGGU